AAGAGUGGGGGAGUUGCUUGAUGACUGGAAACUUCUCGAAUAAGAAUCUAGAGACUUCGAUUUGCCGAGAAGAGUCAGUUUCGAAGCGUGUUGUCUGAUUAAAAAAACAAUAAAUAAGCAUGGCUCAGGUUGCCGCUCUGAAAGAUAAAGGCAAUGCCGCACUAGAAGCAAAGCAUUACGGAGAUGCGAUAGACUAUUAUACAGAAGCGAUUAAUUUAGACCCAAAAAACCACGUUUUGUACUCAAAUAGGUCAGCCGCUUACGCAAAGGCUCAUAUAUUCGAUCGAGCCCUUGCAGAUGCUAACAAAACCGUGGAAAUCAAACCUGACUGGUCGAAAGGUUAUUCACGAAAAGGGACGGCUUUAGCUUAUUUAGGACGCCUAGACGAGGCCAUCGCGACCUAUACGAAGGGUCUAGAGGUAGAUCCAAACAAUGCACAAUUACGACAAGCCCUGAAGGAAGUUCGGGCUCGGAAAGUGUUUUCAAGAGGCUUCCCAAACCCUUUCAAUCGAGUAGAUCUUAUGGCUAAGCUUUGGAGUGAUCCACGGACUGCAGCACUACUACGUAACCCAUCUUAUGAAUCGAAAAUACGGUUGCUUCAAUCAAAUCCGCAUUUGGCAACUGAUAUGUUGCAUGAUCCCGAAGUUUUGACAACCUUGAGUGUACUUUUGGGGGUUGAUCCAGAUGAAGGAACAGAAUCUGCGAACACAGCGCCUCCCAAAAAUGUCGACCUAAAGGAGGAAUUCAGAAAGGCAACAACGCCAAAAUUAGCUGAAAUUAAAGAGCUUGCUAAAGCAGAAAAAGAGCAAGGGAAUGAGUUUUAUAAGAAGAAGGCGUUUGAACAAGCAAUCGAGCACUACAAUAAAGCGAUCGAGCUUGAUCCAACCGACAUUACAUUUUAUAAUAAUUUAGCUGCGGUUUAUUUCGAGCAAAAGGAUUAUGAUAAAUGCAUAAAAGAGUGUGAAAAGGCCAUAGAUAUUGGCAGGGCGAAUAGAGCAGAUUUUAAAUUGAUUGCUAAAUCUUUUCUGAGAAUUGGGAAUGCUUACAAGAGGCUGAAGGAUUUUCACAAUGCUAAAACUUAUUACGAGAAGUCCAUGUCUGAACAUAGAACUCCUGAAAUUAAGACUUUGCUUUCUGAUCUAGAGAAAAUAAUUAGGGAGGAAGAACGAAAAGCAUACAUUAACCCUGAACUAUCCGAAAAAGAGAAAGAAAUAGGAAAUGACUUAUUCAAAAAAGGAGAAUACGCCACUGCCGUAAAACACUACACUGAAGCCAUUAAACGCAAUCCCGAAGAUGCGAAACUGUACAGUAAUCGUGCUGCCUGUUACACAAAACUCGCGGCCUUUGAUCUCGGUUUAAAAGACUGUGAAAAAUGUGUCGAACUGGAUCCAAAGUUCAUCAAAGGCUGGAUCAGAAAGGGGCACAUUUUGCAAGGAAUGCAGCAACCAAGCAAAGCAAUCGCAGCCUUUCAGAAAGCUCUCGAGAUCGACCAGAACAACGCCGAAGCAAUUAGUGGUUACCGAACUUGUAGUAUAGAAAAUGCCAGCGGUUCAGGCGAUCCGGAGAAAAUCCGACAACGCGCUAUGGCCGAUCCUGAGGUCCAAUCAAUUCUGAGAGAUCCGGCGAUGAGAAUGAUCCUAGAGCAGAUGCAGAAUGAUCCCAGAGCCUUGCAAGAUCAUCUCAAGAACCCUGACAUAGCUGCGAAAAUACAGAAAUUGCUGGAGUCAGGACUUAUUGCGAUUCAUUAAUGUUUGUUUUAAACUAAUUUCUAAUUUUUAUAAUGUACCCAUUAACGGCUUAGUUUAUUAGGUGAUGUACUCUGGAAAAGUGGCUACUGACUUCCAUGUCUUUAGCUUUUGGUCUAGAGUUGCAUUUACAACGGUAUCACAAGUAUCCCAACGUUUGGUCUUUUUACUUAGUCUGUUUUAAGUAAUAAAUUUACGUUUUUGAA